AUGUUUAAUAUAAUAUUAUUUGUCAUCAUAAUUGAUGUCAUAAAGGCUUUGAAUCGAGAUGUGAACACUUUCAGUAAUUAUCAUGAGAUUUAGAUCCACAAACUCCAUAUUGAAUGGUUAUUGGAUUUAAAUUAGAAGAUAAUCAAUGGCACAGCAGAAUAUCAUUUCAAUGUCAUCAAAAACAACAUCAAGGAAAUCCAUCUUGAUAUCUAUUAAUUAGAUAUUAUGAUUGCUUAUGAUCAAGCCACUGGAACAGUCCUUAAACAUGAAGUGGAAAACAUGGGAGAACAAUCCCUGAAACAAGGGGAUCGAUUGAAGAUCUACCUUCCAAAAUCUUACAAUAAUGGUGAUCAAGUUAAAUUGAGAAUCAAAUAUGGAGUAACCGAUAAAGCCAGAGCUCUAAGUUUCAUGACUAAAGAACAAACUGAAUCCAAAGUCCUACCAUAUUUGUAUUCAUAUUGCCAAGACAACAAUUGCAGAUCCAUGAUUCCAUUAUAAGACACUCCCAGUAUCAAACAGUACUUCAGUGCAUUGAUAUUGGUGAAAGAUCCUAGAAUCAAGGUUUACAUGACAGGAAAUCUCUUGGACGGAAGACCAUUCAAAAGAAUGAAUUCAUACUCUGAAUCCUUAACAGAAUAUCAUAUCUCAUUAGAUAUCAAAAUCCCAAGUUACCUUUUGGCAAUUGUGGCUGGUAACUUGGAAUAAAGAAAAGUGGGUAAUCAACAAACUAGUCGUUCAUAUGUUAUAACUGAGCCAACCAGCAUAGAUAAAGUAGCCAAGGAAUUGGAAUUCUUAUAAGACUAUGUUGAUGCUCUAGCAAAUUACAUUGGCCCAUAUGAAUGGGGAGAUUAUAAGAUAGUCAUAUUGCCACCAUCAUUCCCACUAGGAGGUAUGGAACAUCCACUUCUCACUUUUGCCAGUCCAACAAUUAUUGUAGGAGACAAAUCAGGAGUUGGCGUUGCCAUUCAUGAAAUUGGUCAUUCUUGGGUUGGAAACACAGUCACUUGUUCAGAUUGGGCUAACAUGUGGAUUAACGAGGGAUUCUGUACAUUCUUAGAAAGAAAGAUCCUUGAAUAAUACAACGGAGAAGACUACUCAAAGAUGUAUUCAUUCUUAUCCAAUGAUACAAUGUUUUAAUAGAUGGCCAGAUAUGGAAUGGAUCAUUCCUAUUCAUCAUUACAUCCAAACACUUCAGGAGAGAAUCCAGAUGACAGUUAAUCUGAAGUUCCAUAUAAUAAGGGAUAUUAAUUGUUGUUGUAUAUAGAAUAACAACUUGGAAAACAAAACUUCCAAAAAAUGUUACAAUAGUACAUCAUCCAAUUCAAGUGGCAAUCAAUUGAUGAAGAUGUCUUCUACAGAUAUUUAUUGUCCUGGAUAUCCACAAAUUUGGGCAAGGAUCAUGCAUCCAUCAAAGAAAUAAAAACAGUCUACAAAGAGUGGGUGUAUGUACCAGGAAAACCUCCAAGAACAUUGGAUUUCCACACUGAUGCCUACGACCAAGCAAUGGCUUUAGCCAAAGCAUGGUUAGAUAGUAAGGGUAACAAGGUACCAGAUAAUGCUGAGGAUUAUAAGAACUAUAUCUAUUAUCAAAAACAAUAGUUCUUGAAUGAAAUUGCAACAAAAUAUGUGGAAAUGACUGAUAAAAAUUACAAAUUGAUGGAUCAGACAUAUCAAUUGUCAGAUCUAAAGGAUUCCAGACUUCUAUACAGAUGGUUGAUUGGUUGUCUAAGAGGUAAGUUCUACGACAGAAUGGAAGUAAUUAAGCACUUCAUGGGAAAUCAUGGAGCAAGAUCUUGGUUAGUCAAUAUGUAUGGUACUUUGUUCAAGGACAAGCCAGACGUAGCUAGGGAAUGGUUUGCAGAAUAUAGAAGUUUCUAUCAUCCUUCUGUGGUUGAUGCUCUGGAAAAUGAAGUAUUUAAAACCAGUGUCGGACUUAGCGUACAAUGA